UUUAAGACCCAUCUUGUUCUAUGAAUUUUGGCCAUUGUACUGUUUGUUGAAGGUACUGGAGAAGCUUUCUGAUAUCAUUUUCUAUAUUUUAUGGCCCUGCAAUGAUUGAACAAGACGAAUUUGGAUGGGAUUUAUUGAAAUUUCCUAGUAGAUUAGUAGACUGGGAUCUUUCUUGUGGGGGCCGUGCUGAAUGCCUCUUCAACCUCUACAAGCAGUCCCACCCAAGCUCCCUAUCCACCCAGCUCGCCCAUCUCCUCCAGUCCUCCCCUCGCCCCUCUCCCUGCACCAUGUCCGCCAUCCUUCUCUGCUGCCAACUUACUUAUGCAUUUCCCUGAACCGACUCCACUUGCACCUCUUGGAUGUGGAGGGUUGAAAUUUGGUUCCCACAUGACAUGAUAUAAUUGGUCAAUAAAUCACAUGCAUGAGGGAAGGAGUUGAUUUGUACACUUAACAGGUUUGUUUUCAUUGAAAAAGAAGAUUGAAGAUGCAGUUAUCCGUGCUGAGAUGCUUGCACCAUCUGCCCUGGAACUUGAGGAAGCAAGACAGAUCAAGCAGGAAGAAAUGAUACGCGAGUCUAACCUGUGGGAUGAUCCAGCUAAAUCCGAUAAAAUCCUUGUCAAAUUAGCUGAUAUUGCCAAAGUGGUUGAUUCUCUCAAAGACCUAACAUAUAAGGUGGAAGAUGCAAAGCUGAUCACGGAGUUGGCUGAGAACAAUGUUAUUGACUAUGGGCUUUUUAAGCAAGCGUAUAAUGCAUCUUUAGAUGUGGGAAAGUUUUUGGAUCAGUAUAGGAUGUCCAAGCUUCUUAAGGGGCUGUAUGACGUGGAGGGAGCAUGUGUAAUUAUUAAUGCUGGAUCUGGAGGCAUUUACCCUGAGAUCUGGGCAGAAAAACUCCUAAGUAUGUAUAGCAAAUGGGCCAAAAAGCAAGGUUACACGGGAAGAGUUGUUGAGAAGUAUCCUUCAAAGAGUGGUGGCAUCAAGUCGGCCACAAUAGAGUUUGAAUUUGAGUUUGCUUAUGGCUAUCUUUUAGGGGAGAAGGGUGUUCACUACAUGAUAGGUUCUCAAAAUGGAUCUGUUCAACAUGAGGCUUUUGCAGCAUGUGUGGACGUUGUUCCUCUCUUUCUUAAAACAGCUUGUGACCUACAAAUUGACGAUGGAGAUUUGGUUGUCUCACCACCCUUAAUAGAGCAAAGUGGAACUAAACCAACCAUCUGCAUUCAGCAUAUUCCGACUGGCAUACAAGUUCAAUCCUCAGGUGAGAGGAACCACUUUGCAAAUAAGAUCAAGGCCCUUAAUCGAUUGAAAGCCAAACUUCUUGUAAUAGCGAGGGAGCAAGAAGUUUCCAGUGUAAGUAGCAUAAAGAGAGAUGCCAUUGUCGAUUUGUGGCAAACAGAAACUCGAAGGUAUGUCUCUCAUCCAUACAAGCUAGUACAAGAUGUGAAAACUGGCAUCCAAUUGCCGGACCUAAAUUCCGUUUUGGAUGGAAAUAUUGAACCUCUUAUUGAAGCUCAUAUCAAUAUAAGAUGGUGAUAAUCCACCUUUUUUUUUUAUA